AUGCUCGUCAAAGGCGGCUCUGGCACGGUCAAGGCUGGCUUUGCAGGCUCAGAUCAUCCUGCAUGCUUCUUUCCCGCCUAUGUCGGACGACCCAAGCACACGCGCGUCAUGGCAGGCAGCGUCGAAGGCGACAUCUUCAUCGGCAAGCGGGCACAGGAGCUUAGAGGUCUCCUCAAGCUCAAAUACCCAGUCGAGCAUGGCAUUGUGACCGAUUGGGACGACAUGGAGCGAAUAUGGAAUCACAUCUACACAGAAGAGCUGCGCACGCUCUCAGAGGAGCAUCCUGUCUUGCUGACCGAAGCUCCUCUCAAUCCCGCAAGCAACCGAGAUGUGGCGGCGCAAGUCUUUUUCGAAACCUUCAAUGUGCCCGCGCUCUUCACAUCGAUACAAGCUGUUCUUGCUCUAUAUGCGUCCGGGCGGACGACCGGUAUUGUCUUGGACUCGGGCGAUGGCGUGACGCACGCAGUACCCGUCUUUGAAGGCUUUAGCAUGCCCCAUGCGAUACGGCGUGUCGACAUCGCCGGCAGAGAUGUGACAGAGUACCUCCAGCUAUUGCUCCGGAAAGGCGGACAUCAACUACAUACAUCUGCGGAGCGCGAAGUCGUGCGAGUCUUGAAGGAAAAAACUUGCUACAUCGCCCUAAAUCCGCAAAAGGAGGAGAAGGAAGCCAUCUCGACUGGCCGAUCGGAAAGCUACCAAUUACCAGACGGUCAGAUUGUCAAGCUCGGCAGCGAACGCUUCAGAGCACCCGAGAUACUUUUCAACCCAGAGCUCGUCGGGCAGGAGCAUGCGGGCAUACAUCAGAUCAUUGUGGAUUCGAUCAACAGGACAGAUCUCGAUCUGCGCAAGACUUUGUUCUCGAAUAUCGUCCUGAGUGGCGGCUCGACGCUCACAAAAGGGUUCGGCGAUCGAAUGCUUGCAGAAGUGAAGAAGCUGGCCAUGAAGGAGAUCAAGAUCAAGAUAUUCGCGCCGCCUGAGCGGAAAUACUCAACCUGGAUCGGUGGUUCGAUUCUGGCAGGCCUGAGCACUUUCAAGAAGAUGUGGGUCUCAGCCGAUGAGUAUCAAGAGGAUCCUGGGAUCAUCCACAAGAAGACGUUUUGACCGAUUGCACAAGCAGUUAGCAACAACAAUUGUUGUACAAUAACUCGGGAGAGGACUCAAAAAAGGGUGCUAGCCUUUCGCGGCAAGGGACGCAUAGGACAAGGCUACAAAGGCCUCUGGCUCGCGCGUCACUUGAACUCCC